CCAGAGUGUGUAUACGACAUAGACUCGCGGAACCGCGGAAAGAGGCCCAGAGGAACUUAGGAGUGUCUUCUGUUUCCGGAGAUCGCGAGACGAUCGAGGUCAUACAUCUUAAGUGCUGUUAAACGUAUUAUAAGAGAGAACCGUUCAUGCGUUAAGGCGGAAGAUAUGCUGCUCUACUCUGUUGCAGUAAUCACAUUGGUGGCAACUUCUAUAGCUACCCCGCCUCCUGGCUACAUUAAACAACCGGUGAACGACAAGAGUCUGCCAGAAUACCAGUACAAUUACGAAGUUGCAGACGAUGUGGGCAAGAAUCACGGAAAAGUCGAAGCAAGAUCUGGCGAGUUGGCUAGUGGUCGGUAUUACGUGAACUCCGCGCAAUCUUCCACAGACGUCAAAUAUUUUGCUGACGAGUGGGGUUACCAUCCGCUUGUGAAGUACAGGUCUUCAAACGAGCACAGCACUGCUGGAGCGCCUUUUGCUAUUGGAGAAGAAGCAGUUAAGAUCCUUCAGAAUGAUGACGAUAGCGGUCAACAAGCAAGAGAAUCACAGGAAGGACAGCAAGUUCGCUCAGUUCAAAUCAUUCAACCAUACACAUUUCACAAAGAAGCAGACGAAACUUUGAAAAGCCGAAAGCACGAUCUGUCAAUAUUCGGCGACAACAGAGAUGUUGAACCUAUCAGUUUACUCGAGUCAAAGAUCUCGGAGGAGUCUCGUAACAUAAAUUACGUAAAUCUUCCGCAAAGACAGACUUUUGAAGUAAUCUCGCUGAAUGGGAUUCCCUCAGGGGAUGGAUCCAUAUCCAGCUAUUCCACAAAAUUACCAAUGAUCGCCCACAGUACCGUCACGACUACACGGAAGCCACCCGCCGACGUUUCAUACGUCAGCGAUGCAGGGGACAAAAAAAACGAUUUAUUAUCCGCGAUCAGUGAGGACCAGCUAUACGUUGAAAAUGCCGGAACGUUCGGAGAACGAAUUCGCGUUUCUUCCAGUGACAGCGAUGAAGGGGGCGCAUCUUACUCUAGUACAACAACUUUCGCCACUCCAUUCGAUAGCGAUUCCGUACCAAGAGAAAAUGAAAGCGCUCGUAACUUCACCAGCGCCCGAUACUCACUCAAACCCUAUUCAGCGACGAUAAAAAAGAAUAGAAAAUUUCAAGGAAUACGCUUAUACAAUGUUGGAUCCUCGGGUCACGUGAAUGUAACGGAGAAACCUAGCCAUGGAUUUAAUGCAUUUUCCUCAAGUACACUAAGCCCGACAUUACCGACGACGAUCGAUCAGUACUCGAGUACUAGCUCCUUACAGGACUUCAGCCAAGCCAUUGAGACCAGUCAAAAAACCAUUUCUUCCACUACCGAGAGCACGAGUAUUAAGGAAUCGAAGAUCGGAUUAUCGAAUCCGCAACAGAUAAAUUAUGCCUUACUGUCUGGCGGAAUGGAUCAGUCAGGAAAUUUCAGAUUAUCCGCUUCACGUAAUGAAAAUAUCGCAUUUGAAUUCACCGGGAAUGUUGAAACUAACCGAGUGACAUCAAUUCCUAAAACAACCGACGGAUUUUCCAAGCCAAUCGUGGUUGCGGAAGUAUCGCCCCAUAAACCAUUCGAGUACAGUACGACCUUCGAAUGCGAAGAUAACAUCGUGUCCAGUACACCAACUACGACAUACUCGUCGACUUUACGACCAAUGGCGUCCUUCGAUACUGUUGUAACAUCAAGGGUGGAAAAUCGGGGCUACGAGAGUAUAGCUUCUCUCAUACUGAACCCUAUUCAAGCAGGAGUAUCGCUCGUUAAUGCAGGAGAGGCGCACCUGAUCAGUGGAAAUUCAGAUUUAAAUAUAGCUCCAGUUGUAGAAAAACUGGAUCAGAAUGUAGACUUUUCAGUCAGCGGAGAAAAGACACAAUCUCAGGUUGUCUAUGAAAAAGUGAAUUCUGCAUUUGGAGGUAAAGCUGAUCGAGUUGCCGAAGAAACGAGAGAGAUUGUAUUACCCUCGCCCAAUCAGGGAAUUGAGAUUCAGAAGUCGGUCGAGAUAUAUCAUAAUGCACCCGUACAAGAAAUACAUUACCCUCCUCAAAUUUUCUCUCAGGUAAUUCACAUCGAUCAGUUGCGAGCAGGGCAGCGAUACAUCGCGGAGAAUGUGCAGAAUGCGAAACAGCUCCUCCAACGCUCUGGGAGUCCUACAACGAACACUGCUUAUGAAAUCAAUCAUGAUGUAAGCAGCAUUUACCAGAAUUUACCAGAAGACAAAAUGCAGGCUCAUAAAGUUUAUAUGAUUAACCAAGAAUAUACAGAUGAUGAAAAAGCCGCUCAGACGAACAGCAUUCUUUAUUCAGGAGCUCAAAGGUAUUACCAUAUCUACCCCUUUGCUCAAGAAAACAGGGAUCUUAAAUCGUUUUUAGAAUCAAACAAUGGACGACGGUAUUAUGACAGUGCAGCAGUAAACACGAUUCAUGUUGGGGUGGAAUCACAACCAGUCGACGAACCCACUGCCAGCUUGCAGCCUUAUCGAUCACACGAUAAUGAAGCCUCUUACUUGACCGAUAUUAAUCAUGGACAGCAACAGAUUGCUGCUGCGGUGCUGCAUAUGGACUCGCAAAAUUUAGUACACGUACAAUCUGAUUCAAAAACUUUUGUCGAUGUACAGCCCAGUUAUCAAGUAGAACUUGAAAAAUCACCCCCGAUUCAGCAAACAUUUGAUAUACAAGUUCCAGUUGAAUCUGUAAUUACCCAAAAUAAAAAACAGUCUGAUAUUAAAUCUUCUGACAUCCAACCUCAUCGAAUUGAGAAAAUCAUCGAAAAAACAGUCCGCGCUCCACAGCCGUAUCCCGUCGAAAUCGAGAAAAUAAUUGAAAAGAAGGUGCCUGUACCAGUGGAGAAAGUUAUUGAGAAGAAAAUUCCUAUUCCGCAUCUCUAUCCAGUGCACAUUCAGAUUCCCAUUGACCGAAUUAUCGAGAAGAGAAUUCCUGUGCCACAACCCUUUCCCAUUCCAGUGGAGAAGAUUGUUGAAAAGAAAAUACCGGUACCAGUACAGCAGAUCAUUCCGCAGCCCAUCCCCGUGCCUAUUAAAGUGGAAAAAAUCGUGGAGAAGAAAGUCCCCGUUCCGCAACCGUACCCCAUCGAGAUUGAGCGGAAGAUACCAAUCCCCGUGGAGAUAACGAAAUACGUGGAGAAACCUGUUCCAGUUCAAGUACCGUACGGUGUGCAGUAUGGCGUUAGUUAUCAGCAGAUAAUGAAACCCCAAAACCAAAACUUGUAUUCGACCCAUGCUGCAACCUCGCUACCUCUCUAUGGCUUGUCUAUGAUCAAGAAUCAGCAAGUUUACAACUUAACUCAGCCUUUUCAGGGCUACGUUUACCCCAAACCGUUCAUUGGUUUCGUGGAGGGAAAAAAUAACGGGAAUCCUUAUUACGGCGUGAAGCAGGGCUUAAACCCUGCAAAGAAACAGUUUUUCUCUCAUUUCACUUUCGCCUCGCAGCCGACGAUAAUGCAGUCCCACUCAGGGUAUAAUCCGGGAUAUCAUCGGAGGCAUACUUUACAUCGGAUGCCGACGAAAGAGAAAGCAGAAAUAGACGGAUAUUUUAGCCCAGUACCACUAAAGCACACAUCAGGUCUAACACAUCACAACCAAGGUCAGCAACGCGGAUUUCAGUCCAAGUCGUCCUUUCAUUCAACGAGUGCUACGAGAUCACCUGCGCCUGUGACUACAUUAAGAAAAGUACGGCAGCAGGAUCCGUAUCACCAGGUCUCCAAGGGAAGCUUCCGUCAGUCAAAAAUGGAGUAUGGAUUUAAACCACCCAUGAUUCCCUCUGUUCAGUAUGACGAGGAAACUGCUUCGAAGGUCGAAAGUUGAGUCUGUUUUAUGCUAUCCCUCGCGAAACCCUCAGAGUCACAAAGUUGAUCAUGUUAUACGAGGAUCGAUUUCAUCGUCUUACACGUCAUAUGUGAUUUACGUGAAUAUGGAAAAUUCUAAAAAAUGUUGUUCGUUUGUUAGACUGAUCGAAAAAAGUUGGAAGUAAUAUUUGUUAAUUUUUAGGAAUUUCUACUUGUUUUAUAAUAUAAGUUAUUAUUUCUUUUUGAAGUGUCAUGCAGAGUUGGGUAGGAAAUAUUGUUUGUAAGCUACAAGUCACAUUCGGAAAAUGAACUUAUUACUAAGUUUAUAUUGGCAAUUAUCAUCAAUUUUUUAUCCUAAUGAGCCUAAAGGAUAAGUAUGAAGUAUGCCAUAUUCUUAAAUUACAUUUUCUUAAUUAGACGUAAAAGAAAUUACAGAUAACUGUGUUUAAAUAAAAGGUACAGUCUAGUAUUAAUGAAUUUUCCGUAAGAUUAAUCGGUCCAGUAUAUCGCUGGGACUAGUAAUAUGAAAGUUUCUGUAAACCGAACACUCUGGAAAGGGAUUAGAUGUGACAAAAAUUACAGAACACUAGGCAGUAUGUAAUUAAAACGGUGCGCCAAUAACAAUUUCCGAAUUAAUUUUCUUUAAUAUUAUUACUAUUAAUCCUUAUAAAAUAGUUUUCAGGCCCUUUAAGUAAUGCCGAAUAAGAUCUUUUCUUUAUGACCUCAAAUAAUUUUUCUUUUAGGGUUAAAAAAGUUUAAUUUCCUGAUGAGUUUAAUUGUUAAUUUAAUUGUACUUGCAUAUUUGAUUCAACGAAACUUUCUGUGAGUGAAGUUUGAUUCUACUUGUAUGAGUGCCGCUACCGAAUCGAUAAAAUGGCAGUACUCCUAUUUGUCCCGUGUUAUAACGCGAAAUUAUAUAUCAAGCGUUUUCCUAUAAUAUUUAGCAUAUUAUUUCCACGUAGCUCUGCGAUUACAUAACUUGUUACAUUUACUCUUUCCUGUAUUAUGUGAGACUCCUUGAACGAAAAAUUUAUUUUUGCGUAAUCGUUUACAUGCGGGACUUAGUUAAAAGGACAGUUUAAUGUUUAUAUUAGAGAAUGAAAAUCAGAACUGCCUGAAAUGUAUAAAAAUUACAAGUAAAAAAAACAAUUUAUACGCAACACUUAAAAUGGUUUAUUUUCUUUUUAUAUUUAUUUUAUUUCACAUAUGUUAUUAUGUUUCAACAUGCAUCCAAUUUCUUUGAAUUGUAUAGUACAGGUGUAAAAAUUUGUUCUCAUUAUGGCAAUAAUACUGUAAUUCGUUAUAUCCUUAUUAAAAAAUGUAUGGAUAAAUAAAAUUAAUUCAUACUUCGAAUAUGGAAUAAAAGUAGUUUAAAAAAAUAAAUUCAUUAAAAUUUUCAGAAAGUAUUCAGGCUAAUAUUUAUUCGUAUUAAUACUGAUCAGAGACGCUACAGUUGUAUUUUUGAAUCACCACUCACAUUUGUAUUGUUUAUAUUUACUUAGUAGUGUAUACACGAAAAUGCGCAAUGUCUAGAAAAGUAUUUGGGAAAUAUCUCAUUAAAGUGGACACUUGUAUAUCGUCUCCAAAUAUGGAUAUAAGUUCUAGUAAAUAUGAAGAUCUUAAUUGACCCUAUAAUAAUAUCGUAACAACUGUCAGAAGUAUUUGCGUCAAAUUUAAUAAUUUUAUGUUGACACAUGCUGUCUUACAGUAGUAUUAAAUAGAUAUUUUUGUAUGAGUAGAGCAUUCAAUUGUUUUCUUUUCGAUAUUAAAAUUUUAUUUUUCAAUUUAAAAGUAAUACGUAUAAUUGUUAAACUUGCUAUU